CGUCAAAACGUAUUUGGGUAUUGCCUUGUGGUUAUCAUUAUUGGGGGAAAUGUGGUGUUACCCUAGAGUUCAACAUGAAGCCUCGUCCUUUUGAUAGUCAUCGUAACUUCCAAGCGAGACACCCUUGAUCGUGCGGCCAAGGUAAAGAUAUCAACCUCGGAUUUCCUGGUCUUGCUGUUAUUGUUCAUUGUGUGCUUUCAACUCUUUAUUUUUCUUUACUAUGAGAUAAUCUAAUUGACAAAGUGAGUUGUUGACAAAAUACCAAACCUUGACGACAUCAGAAUAAAUUCUAGCAAUGGAGCUCAGAACUUUAGAGAAUAGUACCAUGGAGCCCUUUGCUAUCAUUGGGUUAUCUUUCAAGUUGCCUGGCGAGGAUACAGAUGAGUCCAGCUUCUAGAAGAUACUUUCAGAGCGCAAGAAUCUCUCCACGGACUGGCCUAAAGACCGUUUUACUACCGAUUCACUUUUCAAUAGUGGAGAGGUAUGUUAAUAUCUCACAAAUUCUCAAAUUUUUUGGUUGUUAGCUACUUGAACACUCACAUCAUGACCAGCCUCACUCCCAUGGGGCUCGUUUCUUCACUGAAGACCCCAGACUAUUUGAUGCCCCUUUUUUCUCUAUCACACCUAAAGUGGCUGCAGCAAUGGAUCCUCAGCAACGUAUGGCCUUAGAAACCGCUUAUCAUUCUUUCGAAAAUGGCAAGAUCGGAAUGAAACAAACUCUCCUUUCUUCCUUAUCCAUAAAUUGGCAUCAACUAAUUUGCGAUAAUUUCUACAGCCGGCAUAGCCAUUGAAAAACUCCGUGGUAGCCAAACCGCUGUGUUUGGAGCAACCAUGUCAGAUGAUUACGCCAAAAUGAUGUCUAAAGACAGUGAUACUGCCCCUCCACAAACAGUCACCGGAGGACAACCAGGAAUACUGCCCAAUCGAAUCAGUUGGUAUUUUGACCUGCGUGGACCUAGUUUCCACCUUAACACGGCAUGUUCUAGUAGCAUGGUUGCAGUAGAUAUGUCGUGUCAAGCGAUGAGAAGUGGUAAUGCCAAAGCGGUCUGUUUGCCAACUUUUCCGCCGUCCCUUCCAAGCCAUGGAAUUCCUCCAUAAAUACUCGUUAAUCUGCUUCUUAGUUCGUUCCUUUCGCCUGACAGUAAGUGUUUCAGCUUCGACGCGCGAGCUAAUGGCUACGCUCGCGGCGAGGGCAUAGUGGCUCCCCUCCUUAGGCCGUUACAUAAUGCUCUACGAGACGGAGACAUCAUUCGAGCAGUUGUACGAGGAACUGGCUCUAACCAGGAUGUUCGAACGCCGACACUUACGCAGCCUAGCGCCGAAUCUCAGGAAGCUCUCAUUCGCCGAGUCUAUGCUCAGGCAGGAUUGGGAUUUGAGGACACGAGAUAUUUUGAAGCACACGGUAAGUGGUUGUAAUACCAUCAGAACACGUAUAAUAAGAACCACUGACAAACUAACUAUAUUAGGCACGGGGACCUCAGUGGGAGAUCCUAUUGAGGUGUCAGCAAUUGGAAAUGUGCUUAGCGAACACCGCUCGCAGGAAGAACCUCUUUUGGUGUAAGCUAAUACGGAUAGUUCUCCAAUGAUACAUUAGUUGAGCUAACUGUAAUAUGAUAGAGGAUCGGUGAAGGCGAAUAUCGGCCAUCUCGAAGGGCCAGUGGAGGUGCCGGUAUCAUAAAAGCAAUUCUAGCGCUGGAGAAAGGAGUCAUUCCACCGAUUGCUCUCUUUGAGAGCAUGUACCCGAACAUUGACGCCGACUCUUAAAAUAUACAGGUACGUUAGCUCGAAUUUAAUACUGUUUGACAGUGCUGUUUUUAUAUGUCCAUUGACACGUUCAAAAAGGUUCCUAUAAAGAGUACCCUAUGGCCAACAUCUAACCUCCGUCGAGUUUCGGUCAAUUCUUUUGGCUACAGAGGGACAAACUCUCAUAUUAUCUUGGAUGGUACCUUGCAUUACCUUGAAAGUCAUGGACUUAGCGGGUACCAUCAUUGUACUGUCGUCCCAUCCAUUUCAGAGGAACCCAUUGUCAAUGGAGCCGUACAUUCCACAACCACCAGCUACAGUAAUGACGUCAAUACUGGAUCAACAGAGCUUGAGCUUCUGCCAAUACCGAAACUACUUAUCUGGAGUGCUGCGGAUUCAAAUGCUUUGGAGCGCAUAAAGCAUACCUACCAAGAUUAUUACCAAGCUCACAUCGUCGGAAGCAGUGCCAAAACUGACCAACUGGCAUAUACACUGGCAGCAAGACGAUCUGCUAUGCCAUGGCGAACUUUUGCGGUAGUUGAUGGACAAGAGAAACCCAUUGACAAAGAAGAACUUAACGGAGACAUGCUUCCUCUAUCCCUAGCGCCAGCAGUCCGAGCGCUGACUAAAAAGCCUAUUAUUUCCUUCGUCUUCACAGGACAAGGGGCGCAAUAUCUUGACAUGGGGUUGGAGCUGUUAUGAUACUCAGUUUUUGAGGAGAGUUCACGAAAAUCUGAUAACAUUCUGGCCAGUCUAGGAAGUGGCUGGUCAAUAUUCAGUAAGUCUCGCUCAAUCUGAGAGCUCAGUUCCUUGUCUAGGCAAAUUUUAAACAGUGUUAAGUUUGCUGACACAAUAUCCCACCACGUUCAGAUGAGCUUCGCAAUGAGAAAAAUAUCAACCGUCCGGAAUUCAGCCAGUCGCUUUGUACCGUGCUGCAUAUUACCCUAAUCGACCUCCUUUCUAGUUUUGGUGUGACGUCCACUGCUGUAGUUGGAAAUUCGAGCGGAGAAAUUGCCACUGCGUACACUACCGGCGCCAUAUCUCACGAAUCUGCGUGCAAAGUGGCAUAUUUCCGCGGAAAAGUAAUCAAAAAGCUUCGAUCUAUGACUGAAACUACAGGUGCUAUGAUUGCAGCUAAUAUUCCUGAGCCUGAAGUCCCUGCAUAUCUGGCAGAGUUAGACUUAGGAUCUUGGAAAGACACAGUUCGCGUUGCAUGCGUAAAUAGCCCUACCAAUGUCACACUCUCUGGUCCUUCAGAAGCUAUUGAUAUCCUCAAAAUUGAUCUUGAUCAGCGUGGCAUCUUUGCUCAGAAGUUGAAUACCGGUGUCGCAUACCACUCUCCGGCCAUGCUAGCCGUUGCUGACGAAUAUGCCUCGCUGAUGGGCACUCUAGAAUCGGAAAUAGUAAAAAGCCAGACUAGGCCGAUUCACAUGAUUAGUUCCGUGACUGGCCACGUUGUUUCUUCAAAACUAUUAACAACUGCUCAGUACUAGGUUAACAACAUGGUUUCGCCUGUGCGAUUCGCCGAUGCCAUAAAACUGUUAAGGAAAAAGCCUGAAGAGUCGGUUUCAGGAGGACCAGAAAUCAUCACUGAUAUAGUUGAGAUUGGUGCCCAUUCAGCCCUAAGGAGGCCAAUAAAAGAUUCAGUUUCAUCGCCUUUACGAUAUCACUCUGUUUUGGAGCGUAAAAAAUCGUCACCACACACCAUGUUAACUGUUUUGGGAACAUUGUGGUGCCACAAAUAUCCUGUUUCUAUAUUGGCCGGAAACCUUCAAGCCGAGGGCAACUUUCCCUUCCUCGUUGAUUGUCCCCCAUAUCCAUUUGAUCAUAGCCGACGCUACUGCGCUGAGUCAAAGUUGAGCAAAGAAUUUAGAUUGAGGCCAAGCUCGCCUGGCUAUAUGCUUGGAAGACGUAACCAUGACUGGAAUGCACUGAGGCCACAAUGGAGAAAUUGGCUAAGUAUGGAAGCAAUGCCUUGGCUUGGGGAUCAUAUAGUAAGUAUCCUAUUAUCUUUUCCUUCUCCACCUUCUUUCCUCGUAGUCACUUAUCACUUACAUGGCAUGUAUAUUUCCAACGAAAUCAUUUGUCCUGGGACGGGAAUGGUAGCAUUGGCCAUCGAGGCUGUGAGACAAGAGACAGCUGCAAACCACCGUACAAUUUCAGGGUUCCUCUUAAGGAAAGCUCAGUUUCUUGCUCCAAUCACGGUCGGCAAGACUGCACAGACUGUUACUGAGACAGUUCUUCGUUUGCACCCCGUACAGAACACAUACGAGAAAGAACAAACAUGCUAUGAGAUCAAUAUCUUUACCUACCGUGAUGAACGAUGGACACAAUAUUUCCGCACUGAUUGUAAAGUACAACAUGAAGAAGCCAAUAAGACUCAAGUGGACGGCGGCCUAGAGAACCAAAUUUGGCAAGAGCAGUUCCGACAGCGCUUUCAGGAAGCAACCGAGUUCUGCAACGAGACUGUGGAAAGAAGCGCCUUCUACCGCUUUUGCGAUGAACAUGGCAUCCAUUAUGGCGAGACAUUUCAGCUUCUACGAGAUAUUGAAUGGGACGGUAAUAAAAAGUCAACUGCACGAAUUGACCUAACUGCAUUUAAGAAACAGCACGAGAUGAUUGAAAGCCCUGCCCACCCAGCUGUUCUAGACGUAGGCAUUCAUCUUCUCCUAGUACAGAUUUCGAAAGGUCUUGGUGAAGAUAGUGCAACAGUUGUUCCGCAACGGAUAGCAAACGUAUGGAUUUCGGCUAAAGCAUGGAGCGGUUCAAGAUCAUCGUUGCGUCUGAAUUCAAUUCUCCAUGCAGAACCCGACAGCCCUGGUAGUCUCAAAGGCUCUGUAUGGGCGUUGGCUGACGAUGGUUCACCGCUUUGUUCCGUAGAGGAUGUGAUUUUGACGGAAGUUUCACAACCCAACCAGUCCAAAGAUGAUUCAGAUGACCAAGUAAUGCUUUACAACAUUUCUUGGAAACCGUAGCUGAGCUCUCUGACUGGUAAAGAGCUGCUCAAAUUGUGCGAUGAUACUGCCCUGGUCCACAAUGAGACCUUUGAAGACAAAUGGGCGCUGAAGGUAGAAUCGGCUAUGAGAUUGGCUACGCGAAAGGCUUUGCGGGACUUCAAAGAAGUGGAUCUCGAUCGUGCUCUAAGCUACAUGCGGCGGUAUUUAAAAUCCCUGGAGCACCUCUACGCCACACCAUCAGCUGGCGAAACCAAAGAUAUUAGCGACUCGGAACUUGACCUCCUUCUAGAAGAGUGCGAAAUAAUGAAUCCAGACUGUGAGGUAUUUUUGAACAUUGGACGUAUGUUGCCAUGCAUUCUACGGGGGGAACAAGAUCCUCUGGAGCUGAUGUUCGCAACCAAGAGCGCCGAAAAGCUCUAGACCUACCUCGCCAACCAGCAAAUGCGUGAUGGCCGCUUUGCAAAAUUCCUCGACAUAGCAUCACACGAGAAGCCCACUCUUAAUAUUCUCGAGAUUGGCGCAGGAACUGGAAGUAUGGCUCGUCAUAUCAUCGGCUCUCUCAACCGCUUCGAGAAAGAGACAGGUCAAUACCGUCUCGCCAGCUAUACGUAUACCGAUAUUUCACCAAUGUUUUUCGAAGCUGCACAAGAGGAAUUUGGAGACUUCCAUGGAAGACUGCUGUAUAAGACGGUUGACUUGGAACGUGACCCCAUUAAAUAAGGUUUUGAGCUUGAGAGUUAUGAUUUAGUCAUUGCAGGCCUCGUUCUUCAUGCUACAUCUAAUCUAGAGGCAACUCUAGGUCGUGUAAGACAGCUGCUCAGACCUGGAGCUCACAUCGUUAUGCAGGAAGUAGUCGCUACGAAUAGUGCUCGUGCUAAUGUCACUUUCGGCUCGCUUCCGGGUUGGUGGCUUAGUACUGAAGAGUGGCGCGAAUACACCCCUCUCUUGACGGCAGAUCUUGGAAUUGGAACAUCUCAUGGAAGGAUUAUGGUGCCCUUCGCCCAAAGACAUCAUUGUUUCUCUAGUGGAGUUCGACAUGACACGGCUAAGUUCUUUGUCUGAGCAAGAAUUCUGGUCAUUGAAGGAGCUUGUCUAAGGCGUAGAAGCUAUUUUAUGGGUUGGUUCUCUGCCAUUAGUUGAUGGCAAACUGAUCAAUCCAUUCCCCGCCGUUGCGACAGGUUUUCUGCGCAGUAUCCAGUCUGAGGAACCUGAGAAGCAUAUUGUGACUCUGAUUGCCGAGUCCGGUUCCCCGAGCACGACAGUGAAACAUGUGCUCAAUAUCCUUGACAAAUGUUUUGGAGAGAAGCCUGCAUCUCCCGAGAUUGAGUUUGUUGUGCGAGGUGGCCAUCUGACGAUUGCGCGCUUGAUGAAAGGAAUUGAACUCGAUGCCGAACGGUUGGCACGCGUGAGACCACAACUUCGUACGGAACCAUAGAAACCUAGCCCACCAGUAGCUCUCGAGAUCGGGGUUCCAGGUAUGCUAGACGCACUACGUUUCGUGGAAGAUACUGCAUAUAACGACGCGUUGGGUCCGGAUGAGGUUGAAAUCGAGGCCGUUUCAUGGCCAAUUAGCUUUCGCGAUGUAUUUGUGGCACUUGGUCGGCUAGGUAUGGAAGGGCUUGGUGUUGAAUGCGCAGGAGUCGUCACAAGAACUGGAAACGAGUGUCAGUAUGACAUAAAAUGUGGUGAUGGUCUCUGUGGGAUGUAUGAAGAGUCAUCCGAGGACUGGAGCCGAUGGAGUCGUCAAAAUCCCCAACAACUUGUCGUUCAACGAGGCUGCGGCGGCGGCUAAUCCUGGUAUCACGGCAUACUACUCAUUGAUAAAUAUAGCACGUCUGCAACGUGGAGAGAAAAUUCUCAUACACUCCGGUGCAGGUAGCACUGGUCAAAUGGCCAUCGCCAUGGCACAGUGGCUUGGAGCAGAAGUUUUUACCACUGUUGGGCUUGACGAAAAGAAGAAACUUCUUAUUGAUCGAUUUGGAAUUCCUGAUGAUCAUAUUUUCUACAGCCGUAAUACAACAUUUGCCAAAGGAAUCAUGCGCGUAACUAAGGGUUACGGCGUUGACGUUGUGCUUAACUCAUUAUCAGGGGAAGGACUUCGUGCAAGUUGGAAAUGCAUCGCACCGUAUGGAAGGUUUGUGGAGAUCGGGAAAGCGGACAUCGGGAUAGACUCGUCGUUACCUAUGGGUAGCUUUGCGAGAAAUACUAGCUUUGCUGCUGUUGACCUCGUACAUCUCUCCGCUACAAAUGUCAAGCUAUUCCGUCAUCUAAUAGAGGUGGUAACUUUGAUAUCUCAGGGAGAUAUUGACGGGCCAGAGCCUUUGCACUUGUAUCCUGCGUCUAGCGUCGAGAAAGCUUUUCGGUAUAUGCAAAGUGGAAAAAAUACAGGCCGCAUUAUCAUGACGGGGCGAGAUGAGGAUCCUGUUCCUGUAGGUCUCUCCUCCUGAAGCCAUAACCAAGAUGCCUAUUCACUAACAAUCGAAUAGAAAUUCUUGACUCUCAAAAGUGACUGCAAUAUGGAUGCUAAUGCAUCUUACGUCGUUGCUGGGGGGUUCGGCGGUAUUGGCCGCGCAAUACUUCGAUGGAUGGCGGAUAGAGGGGCUAAGAAUCUCAUUGUUCCCUCAACUUCGGGGACUUCAUCCCAGGCAGCGGUGAAUAUAGUCUCAGAAUUUGCAAGAAGAGGUGUUCGCGUAAUAACAAAAAUAUGUAAUGCUGCAUCAGACACAGAUUUAGCAGCAUUGCUACAAGACUGUGCCGUCAGCAUGCCGCCUAUUAAAGGAUGCAUAAACGCAGCUAUGGUCCUCCAGGUAUGCACUUCUCCUACAAUUCCUUCCAUAGGUGUUCAACAACUCCAACCUCCCUCUUUAGAUUCCCCGAAUUUCUCUUUUCAGUUCCUGUCGGUUAUGAGAACACGAGCUUACACGAAGUCAGGACUCGGUAUUUGAAAACAUGACACAUGCACAAUGGACAAAAACGAUACGGUCCAAGGUCAAUACAAGCUGGAAUCUUCACAAACUAUUGCCUAAAGAUAUGGAUUUCUUCAUCCUUCUCUCAUCCAUCGCAGGCAUCUAUGGAUCCCCCGGACAAAGUAAUUACGCAGCUGGUUGCACCUUUCAAGACGCUUUAGCAAGAUCCGGAUCCGCUGCUGGAUAUCGAGGUUCCGUUGCAAUAAACCUCGGCUGGAUGCGGACCAUCGGUAUUAUUGCCGAGACAAGAGAAUAUCAACAUAACCGCCAAAACGUCGGUGACAUGUCUCAAGUUGAGGAGGCUGAUUUCUUCGCUCUGCUCGAGCAUUAUUGUAACCCUUUGCUGCCCCUUCUCGGCACCAAGGAUAGCCAAGUUCUAAUUGGUGUGAUAACGCAAACACACGUUCAUGCUCGGGGCGAGGCGCCGAUCGAUGUUUUAAAACGACCUCUCUUUGCUGGCUUUAGCGCUCCCCAGGUUUUUGAUGCCAAUAAGCACAAAUCUACCGUGUCAACCCAGGAAGACCCGGCUGUCCUUUUCCGGCAAGCGGCGACCCCCCAAGACCGCAGCGUGGUGGUUGUGUCGGCCCUUAAAGCAAAGCUGGCGCGGGCAUUGGAUGUGUCAGUGGAUGAUGUAGAUUCUCAUCGCAACUUAUCGGACUACGGUACAGACCCGUUGAUGGCUGUAGAGCUGCGUAAUUGGAUUCGGAGAGAUUUUGGGGUCUCUAUCGCUAUUUUUGAUCUCCUUGGUGGUGCCGAAAUUGCGGCAUUGGGGGAUUUGAUCGCGAAGAAGUGAUGAUGAGAUAUACAACUUAGAGUGAAUGGGAAUAUGCACAUUACUGGCUUUGUAUUUUAGGAUUGGCCGGUGUAACAAUUAUUUCUUAUUUUGAUUGAUUCUAUGGGUUGGAGAUUCGAUUCAGCGAGUUUUCAGAUGUUUCUAUGAGGUUACAAGACGAUGGCUCAAAGUUUUAAGCAUGAAGAAUGAAGUACUGCAGUAUAUUCUUGAAUGGCUGAGAGCUCAUGUUU